ACCAGUGCUGUGCGACCCGCUGUGAAACUCGUGCCAAUCUUCACCACUAGUCCCGUCAUUCAGAGACCUCCGCCGCCGCCGCGGCCGACGGCCAACACGAUAUUCCCGGUCGUUAUUAAUAGCCGUAACGUUGUUUAUGGACAGUCAGUGUCGCCGCACGUGUUGAACAGUGGCCACAAAGGCUUUAAGCGAAUGAGCGAACCCGACGUUCAAUCAGUGAAUCUAAACGGAUGUUCGCCUCAAAAGAAGUCAAAAGCGGAUAAUUUGGAUAAAGUAUUGCAAAGAAUACAGAAUCAAAAGGAGAGAAUUGACACCACAUUCAACGCCCAAAAUAUUAGCCCCCGAUUUGUGCCCCAAAAUGUACAAAAUUCAACACAACAACAGCAACAACAACACCAUCAGCAACAACAGCAACAGCACCGGCAGCACAUGCAUGACAAUAGACAGCGAAUGGGUGUCAUAACUAACCAUAACGUAGUCAAUACAAGUCCGAUAAAUAACAAGACUGUCAGACAAUUGCUGGAAGAAAAGCAAUUAAAACACCACAAAGACAUUAAACGACUUUCAAUUGAUUCAAACCAUAGCCGAGACAGGGAUAGGACGCCCACCACAACCGCCACCACUGCCACCAUUGUUACGGCCGUACCGGCGCUUAGCCCACAGUAUAGACACGUUAACAAUAACGGAGUUAAUGUGGAUUUAAAUCGU